AUGCAAUGGAAACCACUUGGCAUCAAUGAGGAGCCAGAUGUGUCGAACCUCCCGCCAUUUGACUAUGCCAUGUUUCUCUUCAACACGGCCAAGUUCUAUCUCGGCGCGGUGUUCUACCUCAUCGACGAGAAGUUGUUCAUGAAGAAUUUGCAUGAGUUCUAUGAUGACCCUGCUGCGAAAGCAAGCUCAUCAAGGCUAUGGUACGCACAGUACCUGCUGAUACUGGCCUUUGGCAAAGCAUUCGUGGUAUCUCAGAGCAGCUCCCAUACCGGUCCGGCAGGCGUCCAGUAUGCUACGAGGGCCAUGUCAUUGCUGCCGGACCUGUCCGGACUCGAACCCGAUACAAUAUCGUCGAUCCAAGCUCUUGCUUUAGCGGCUGUCUACUUUCAGUGUCUCGAUAUGAGACUGGCGGCAUUCCAACAUAUCGGACAAGCUUUGCGUAUCAGCAUCGUGGAAGGCAUAUACCGGCACAUGCCGGAAGAGGUCGUCGGCGUGGAACAUUCGCGACGCUGUAAUAUUGUGUUCUGGGUGGUGUACACCUUGGACCGGGAGUUCUCUGCUCUGAUGGGUGCACCCAGCUCCAUCCGAGACGAGGACAUUACAGUGAAGCUCCCUUCGCAAAUGGACAACUCCUUGGACGCCCUGAAUAUGACGCUCCACGUCCGGCUUUCGCGUUUGAUGGCGCGCAUUCUCACUAGGUUCGGUGAGCAGAGCUUCGAGGAUGGCCUUGAGGCUCAUCCUCUCGUACCACCACGUAAGUCAACACCGUACCCGGGCUCGAAGACAUUCAGCUUAGACGUCCAGUGCGUUGUUCUUACAACUCGACCUCUGGUCAUGUGCGCUUUGCAUAUCCACAUCGAACAUUCCGAUCUACGAGCUACGCAGACAGUCUCUUUGACGCCACCCGUUGCGUCACUGCUACAAUCAUGCGUCGAUUCCGCCCAGACAGUCCUCAGGACACUCCGAGUGCUAGGCGACGAAGAUCUGCUAGAGGCUUUCCUCCCCUUCCAACUCGAAGACGCCUUCUCCUCCGCCUUCCUCCUCUACCUCGUCCGCGUCAUCGACCCCUCCCUCCUCCACGACGACACCUGGUGCGAAAACAUCAAAUGCGUCCUGGACAAGAUGAUAUCCAAGGGAAGCCUCGUGGCCCCGCUGCGCAAGCUCGAGCUCAGCCAGCUGGAGAACAUCAUGACGGCUUUCACCCCGGCACCGGAACAGCCCCCGACGCCGUCGCCGAGCACGGCUCAUCCGCAGCAUCACGACCACGGCUCGUUCUUGGACCAGAUGGAUCACGAGGAACCUGGCUGGGACAUUUUCGACACGAGCGGGAUGGGCGGUCUGUCGCCGCAGGCGUUGCUGGACUUGGCUGAGAGGUUGGACGUGGAGGAUUUGAUGCAGUCUGAGGUUUCAUGA